CCAAAUACAGGAUGAUAUACAAUGUAGGGGACAUUCUACACAGGAUAAAAAGGGAAGCAAAUCUAGCUGAUGAAACAACAGAAGAUGAUAUGGUCACCUAUAUCUCAGAUUUAUGUGAUCGUGCACGUGAGAGUGACAGUCAACAGUUCCGACAGACAUUACCAUGGUUACAGGAGAUUUCCUGCAUUAACCAGGCCCUAGACAACUGUACACAUGCCAGGCAGGCAGCGGACGACUGGUAUAGAAUAGUUUACAUAAAUAUACAGGCCGAGUAUUGUGUCAAAGAAGAUAAGAUGGUGAAGGUUGGUUUUAUCUCCAACAAGUGUAAUUUCUCAUGGCCCCAGUACUGGUUUCUACCCAGAUAAUGUACAUGGCAAUGAUUUCAUAAGUUAUCAGCUUUUGUGACCAAUGAACUCAACAGUACUUAUUAUGAACUAAACACUUUAAUUGUAUUUUCUUGAUUGGAAUAUUUCAUUUGUUAUAAUCACCGAUAUAAUACUUCUGGUUAGGGGAGCUAUCCUGCAAAUACCAUGGAGUUAUAUGUUCUUGCUUAACACGCUUUAAAGGC